CAGUUUGGGACUUGAAUGAGUUGGUAGGAAUGAAUAGGUUUGGGAUCUAGGGGCAGGUUAUUCCCAGAUUUGGACCAAGGGACCUACACAGCGUGUGGAGAUCAUUUACUCAGGCUGGGGUUUCUAAGGCAGGAGAGGACCGAAGGCUCCAGCACAAGCUGGUUCAAGGGCCUGAACUCCUGGUGUCUUUGCAGAGCCCAGCAUGAUCACUCUCCUCCCAGUGCUACUGGGCAUCAGCCUGGGCUGCACAGGAGCAGAAGGUGGCUUUGUGGCCCAUGUGGAGAGCACCUGUCUGUUGGAUGAUGAUGGGACUCCCAAGGACUUUGCGUAUUGUAUCUCCUUCAACAAGGACCUGCUGGCCUGCUGGAAUCCGGAGGAGGGGAUAAUAUCCCCUUGUGAAUUUGGAACACUGAAUGAUUUGGCCAAAAACAUAGCAAAUUUCCUCAAUCAAGAUAAAGAGCUGCUCGAGCGCUUGAGCAACGGGCUCCAAGACUGUGCCACACAUACCCAGCCCUUCUGGAAGUCACUGACCCACAGAACACGUCCACCAUCUGUGCAAGUCGCUCAAACCACUCCUUUUAACACGAGGGAGCCUGUGAUGCUGGCCUGCUAUGUGUGGGGUUUCUAUCCAGCUGAAAUAACAAUCACAUGGAUGAAGAAUGGAAAGCCUAUUGCCCCUCACCAAAAUAUCCAGAAGAUUGCCCAGCCCAAUGGAGACUGGACAUACCAGACCGUCUCCCACUUAGCUUUAACCCCCUCUUAUGGGGACACAUACACCUGUGCAGUGGAGCAUGUUGGAAUUCCCAAGCCCAUCUUUAAGGACUGGUCCUUGGGACUGUCCCCCAUACAGACAAUAAAGGUUUCUGUGUCUGCAGUGACCCUGGGCGUGGGCAUAAUCAUCUUCUCCCUUGGUCUCAUCAGCUGGCAGAAGGCUGGCUCCAAGAGCUACAUUCCUCUCCCUGGAUCUAAUUAUCCAGAAGGACAACACAUUUCCUAGGGGCAGAAGCCUACAACCUCCACUCCAAGUAAGAUGGAGAUCUCAGCUAUUAAUGUUGCUACCAUGUCCCCCAGGGUCUAAAAUAUUCCAAUGUUCUUGGAUCCUAAGAUUUCUUCACUCAAUUCUUGGACUUUUCCAGUUCUCCAUAUGUACACCAUAGCAGCUCUAAAAGGGCUCAUAUUGGGAAUAUUCUGUGAUCAAAUUUACUGUGUAAGUUUGUCUUUCUUGGGUGACUAUAACUGGAGGGAGUCUAAGGCUCUCCCGAAGGCCCCACCACACCACAGAGCACAGUGCAUGGCUUGUGCUCAUCCCUGUAAAAUAAAGUGGUGAAAAUGCUG